AUGGGAAGGAAGAAGGCGAGUCGUUCUGCUAAUUCCCCAUUCUCCAAUCAAUCAUUCCCAUGGAUGCGUAAAAACACCACUUUCAAAUCCGAGGCAAAAAAGGGUAGAGCAUUAUGGGGAGAUCCAAGUUGGACAACUACUUUUUGUAACCUUUGUGUGGAACAGAUUGAAGCCGAGAAUAGAACAAAAGGUGCUGCCUUUAGUCCCAAAGUUUGGACCAUUUUGGUGACCAAAUUUUGUGAUGAGACCGGUCUAAACUAUGAUAAGGAUCAAUUAAAAAGUAGGUGGAAUGUAUUAAAAGUUGAUUGGAGAGUGUGGGAACAAUUGAAGAGUCAUGACACAGGUUUAAGUUGGAAUGCAAUGAAGGGAACAAUUGAUGCUAGUGAUGAUUGGUGGGACCGGAAGUUGAAGGACAUACCCAAAGCUACAAAAUUUCAGCAAAAAGGUCCACAGAAUCUAGAACAACUUGAUAUAAUGUUUACGGAUGUUGCAACAACUGAAGUAGCUGAUAGAAUCGGGAUUCAAUUUCUAGAAGAGAACAUUAAUAGUGAAGCAGGUAGCAGUUAUGAGUAG